AUGCUUCGCCGAGCUAAGAGGCUUCGUGAUUUUUUCCUCCCAUUUUGCCUGGAAUAUGACUGUAAAGAAAUGCUUUUAACUCCAGAGGAGUGGCGCCAAAUCGAUUACCUGCUCUAUCUCACUGAGCCCUUCUUUGAAUAUACGACUGAGCUAUCGAAGACACGAGAUGUAACCAUACAUCUUAUAUUCAAGCUUUAUAAUGCAUUAUUUUUGCAUCUUGAAAAGUCCAUGGCGCAGCUUAGGCAGAAGCGGGUUCCAUGGAAAAGGCACAUACUUCAGUGCCUUGAAGCUAGCCGAUUAAAGCUUGAUGAGUACUACACACAGACAGAUAGUAUUCCAGGGCACAUAUAUGCAGUUGGUACAAUGCUAGCUCCUGACAGCCGGUUCCAGUUUUUCCAAUCAGAUGACUGGGAUGGGUCCUGGCGACUUAAGUACCGGAGUGCAUUCCAGACAGCUCUUACUCCCUACCAAGAGCACCAAGAGCAUCUUUCUCAUACGUCAGACACAGGAAGCUCCCUACCUACACCAAAGCUAAGCUUAAAGCUUAAUAAGAUAUUAAACAAAAGCAAACCGAAGACAAGGCUAGCUAAAGAUGAAAUGACACAAUAUCUUGAUGGUGACACUGUUGAGACUGAGCCUCUUCAAUUCUGGAGAGAGCACCAAGGACGUUUCCCUAUAAUCUCUGCACUUGCACGGGAUGUUCUCUCAAUCCCAGCAACAGGUGCUGGUGUAGAGCGGCUAUUCAACACUGCCCGGGAUAUCUGCCAUUAUCGCCGUGGUCGUAUGAAGUCUGAAACAAUUGAGGAGCUGAUGCUGUUUCUCUGUGCUUCAAGGUUUGACCUUGAAGGGCAGCAGAGGAAAGAACUUCAGCUAUUCUUUUCCUUAGAUGAGAUUGAAGCAGAAAGGGAGCUAGAUGAGCUUGAUGGAGGUGGUAUAAGUGAUCGUGAGGAGGCUGAGGAGGAGGCUGAGGAGGAGGCUGAGGAGGAGGAGGUACUACAGCUACCAGAGAUGAGUACUCAGCUACGAACAUCGGGAAGGAAGCGAAAGAACAGGGAGGAUGAUGGAUAUGAGCAUUACUAA